GCGAGGAAGGCCUGGUUCCAGUUGCUUUGCUUGCAGAUGCUACAGGAGAUGCUCCUUUUCCACAACCAUGUGCUACCCCUCCGGAGCCCGUGGUACAGAGUGCUCCUCAGAACUUUGCAUGCUCUGUCUCGGAACUCGACUCAGGCCUUUUCCUGGACAUCAACGGGGCCCGGCGCCCUCUUUCAGCAGCAUUUCUUGGAGCUGGCUGUGAUACUUUCUCGGUCGCUCCCGAAAUUUUCCCUGAACGUGACCUUCUACAAGAUGAGUUCUUCUUUGCCUUGUUCAGGGUUUGUCACUCUGGGCAGGUUGCCCUUUUGCACAUCCUGCUUUGCGCCAGUGAUUUCUCUUCGAGUCUUUUCGAGCGCAUGAUUCAGAUAGCACACGCAUGCUUUGCGGCGGGUUCUCAUGUACUGCUUUCUCAGCACUCUAAUUCUGCAGUAUGGAGCCACGCUUCGGUGAUUUUUCUUUUGCAGCAGAUGGGUGCAGACGCUAUUUUCUGGGACCCACAACGGUUUGGUUGCAACUUCGAAGGCUUUGGGCUCCUGGCUGCAUCCUUUUCAUCUUUGCAGUUUUUAGCCACUGCAUCCUCGACGGGGUCUCCAAUGCAGGCCCAUCGGGAAUUCGAGUUUUCUUCAUUGAGUGCGGACUUUGUGCUCGCAGUGGCCGAGGGUUCUUUGCAUCUUUUCGCUCAGAGAAGCCCGGAACCCAAAGAUUUGCAGUUUGGCCAGAUUCCUUUUCUGAGGCAUGUCAAAGAGAGAUUCGAGCCGCCCUUUGCCAACCAGGAUGGUGCUGGGAUUUACUCGGUGCCUGAUUGGAGUACGCCUCCGCCUGGUGUUCAGGAUGUCCUUUGCGAUCUCAGGUUCAAACUUCGACAGUGGAUCUUUGACGAAAAGAUCCCACAACGACUACAGGCCCAUGCUUUACAGCACAGCUCAGAGCCACUCUUUCAGGAAGGUGAGAUUCAGCAUCUCCGACAGCUUUUCCAAUGCUGGGUCUCGGAACAAGGAUCAUCACAUGUGGUUGACUGGACGAUUCCGGAUCACCAACCUUAUGCUUUGCAUGCUUUGAAGUUCUUCUCGCAAUUUGUUGAGGCCUUUGCGGAUGCAAGAGCUGAUGGCGAGCUUAUUGGGAUUGGAGGUUUUAUUGCUUUCCCGUCUGGUGCAUACAUCUGGUUUUCACAAGCUUGGCAACUUUCAGAUCUGUCAGUUUUGGGUUUGGAACUUCGCCGACCCGCGCACAAAGAUAUUGCCUGUUAUGAAACUUUGGCGCAGAUUGCUUUGGUACAUGCUUACAGGUCAGUAUUUCCUUCGGGUCGCGUGGUAGUUCGCCUCCCUUCCUUUUCUGACAACGCCUCAACGGAGGCAUUGGGCGCGAAACUUUACACCGCCAAGUGGCCACUGGGAGCGUUUGCUCAGAAACUUUCCCUCAUAUCCGCAGCUUCGGGUAUCGAGCUGGAUAUUUCUCACAUCGCCGGUGAGAAAAAUGAUGAUGCUGAUCUCUUGAGCAGGUGGAAUCAAACGGAUUCUUUACCUGACAAAUGGUGCAAAGAAGACCGGGUGGAUUGCUCUCUCAAGUUCAUCUGGUUCUUUCGCAAAGAGGUCCUGGUGUGGCCUUCCCACUUUUCUUUACCACAGGUGACACUGGAACGACAUGUGUCAGAUGAUGACAUAUGA